AUGGCCCAGUCCCGUGGCGACCGUCCGUUUUCAUCAUUCCACAAUCUCUUGAAGAUGAUUCUCUCGCCCAGCAACCCGUCCACCCGGCCGACGCACGACGAUGCCGACCUGGCCGACGACGUGGAUGAACCGCCAGAUCACCGUAUCCAUCAUGCGACCACCAUGCACCCCGAAGAUGUCAUCUACACUCGUCCACCCAUUCCCGAUCGGAAGGAAUCGCUCCUCACCCGUGCCCUCAAGAGCAGCCCCGAGAUGUCUCCUACCGACCAGCAUCCUCCCUCCCUCCAAGACUCGACAUACAUGUACCGCUCCUAUCCGCACAGCAACAUCAGCGGCAUCUCCACGGCAGAGCUGACCAGCGAUGGUGGCUUGACGAGCCCGUCUUCGUCCAACACUCCCAGCCCGCCUCUACCUCCACAAAUGAUGGGCAAGCCAGGCCCAAUUCUGGGCCACAAGGAGCUUGCGCCCAAGGUGAAGGUAGUCGACACCAACGAAAACACCGUGGAAGCCAACCUCGGGCGCAAGCGAUGCAUUAGCUUCGCUUGUGGCCGCAAGACCGAACAAGAACCGCCAACCCCGGCACCUCAACCGGAAGAAAAGAAGGACGUGGCUCCUGAGCCGCUCAAGCGGCGGACUGCCCUCACCUUCGUGUGCCCCGGACGAGACUUGGCUAAAUUGCGAGACCGCUCGCCUGCAGCCACACGGAAGGCUGCGUUCCGCACGCGCUGCCGUGGUUCCCCAGCACCCGUCGGUCGCAAGCCCUCGCCAGACCGAAAUGACGCACCCUCAACAGAGAAGGCGACCGAGAUCCCGACGCCCAAGGGUGUCCCCACCAGUGGUCUAGGCAAGUUCGAGGAAUCCGAAGCUACUCGAUUUCACGAAUUCGCCAGCUCGGUUGAGGAGGACGAUGAGUGGGUGAACAAGGCGGCUGAAUACUCUCAAAAGAUCACCUUGAACGACUGCAUGAAGAAGGAGAUGGCCAUUCGACGGCUCGGCGAAGAAGCUGAAGAGGAGGCUGAGGAGGAAGACGAAGAUGUCGAGGAUGCUGCCGAUGAUGACUCCACCAUCCAUGACUUUUCUUCGGAUGACGGCAACGAGUCCGACAACGAAGCCGGCUUUGCGGAUUCAGACGAGAGCGACGACGACGAGUACGAAUUCUGGGCUCUGUCGCGCCCGACUGCGGAUCCUCCCUCCCCUGCUUUGGACAUCCUUUCUCCGCCCAUUGAACGUCGUGCCUCGAACACCUCUUGGGGCUCGAUGACCGAUGAUCACCAAAAAUGGCUCCCGUCUCCCGUGCAGCGCAUUGCUUCUGCUCGCCCUGCCAAGGUCUCGAAGAUGCGCCCGGCCACCCCCAACCUGCCAGACAGCACUGAUUUCGUUUGUGGAACUCUUGACGAGGAUCGCCCUCUCGAAGUUGCCUACAAGUCUUGCUUGGAGCAACGGCGUAUGUCGAAGCACAUCCUCAUUCCCCAAGAUAUCGACCCCAGCUUCCCCACGAGUGAUCCGGAGGAUGAGGAGGAUGAGGAGGACUGGUCGAAUGACGACCUCGAGGAGGUUGUUAUGCGCCGUGAGGACUCGAGUCGCGGCCGAGCAGAGGGAUCGGCUCGUAAGCCAUCUCCGCGGCAUUCGCCCAAGCUCCCCUCCCCCCGUCUGAGGACCAAGUCUCCUUCUCCCGAUACCAGCAAGUGGGCCGAGGAUAUUCCUCUCGCCCAGUCACCCGACGGUCUCAACAUCAGCCAUCUGGUGCAGCGGCCUCCUUUGGUGCGCACCAAGUCGUUGCCACGGACUCCUAACCCGUUCUUCACUGGGUUGGAGAAGUCGCGGCAGGGCAAUCCGCCCUGGACCGAAUCUCCCGAACGUGAGCGCUCUCGCACCCGGGAGUUGCACAUGCGCGGCCCCGUCGACAUUGUCGAGGGCCUCGAGAAGAAGCGUCAGAAGCGCAAAGAAAAAUUCUGGCGCCAACAUUGCCGCAAAGCUGCCAAAGAGCAGAUGGAGCGGCGGCCGACCCCCGGCCAUGGAGCCGAACGGAUGAAGGAGCUUGGCCUCGAAGUUGCUGAGAGGUGCAGGGCUUACGGUGUCGGUCAAGACACCCAGCUCGUCCUAUCUGUUUAA